AACCGCGGGCCAUCAGUCCUGUCACUUGCAUUCAGUCCUUGCACUCGCAUUCCACUGCCAAAACCUCGAGGACCUAGGUCGGUGAUCCCUGAGCUUGUUGCCAUGGCUGGACGUGGACUUCUUUUAGCUGCUGGUCUCGUGCUCCUGGCCGCGGCCGCCCCGGCGGCGUACGCCGUGGACUACACCGUCGGCGACUCGUCGGGCUGGACCGGGGGCGUGGACUACAGCACCUGGGCAAGCGACAAGACCUUCAACGUCGGCGACACGCUCGUGUUCCAGUACGGCGCGUCGCACAACGUGGCGGAGGUCGGGUCGGCGGACUACAGCGCCUGCUCCUCCACCAACUCCAUCCAGUCGUACAGCGACCAGGACAGCAAGAUCAAGCUCACCAAGCCCGGCACGCGCUACUUCAUCUGCGCCGCCGCGGGCCACUGCGCCGGCGGCAUGAAGCUGGCCGUCACCGUCGCCCCCGCGGCCACCAGCACUCCCACCCCAACGGCGCCCGCCGCGACCCCCGCCGCGCCGUCGGAGACGCCCUCCGAGACCAGCCCCGACCCCGAGACGCCCUCGACGUCUACUACGCCGGCCGCGACGACGACCAACACGCCGGCCUCCGGUAAAACGGCCGACAGCGUCGGCGGAGCCAGCGGUAUGGAGGCCCGCUCCGUGAUGGGCGCGCUCGUUGGGGCCGCGGGCCUCGUGGGCCUCGCCCUCAUGGGCUAGGCGAGAGGCAGUGCUGCUUAUUUGUUUCCGUUAUCUUCUCCGGCUAUCAGGUCCGAGUUUUCUUCCGAGUUGCACACUGUGUGCUGCUGUAGCAAGUAGCAACUCUAUCUGGGGCCAUUCCGCGCUUCCCAGUUGCCUCGUAUUGUGUUCGGUAGUUCAUCCGAUUCGAUCGCGACUCUAUGUUUGUACGACCACUUUGAUAUACACUCCCUCUUUGUGA